CCGAGUGCCUCUCUUGUUGCCAUACUUUAUUACUUAUAUCUGCAGUGUUAGUAAUAAAGUGUUUAGACCACUUUAUAUACAAAUCACUUGUUCGGUGUUAUUUUAUCGGUAACUAAAAUACACCAUACACCUUCUUUUUAUCCCAAAAGUUCUAUCUUGUAACCCGGUUACUGUGAUAAGGGUAGAUAGUAAACUUUUAGGAAAGCGUAUCUAAUACGUGACUAGAAGUGAUAUCUGGUUCAGCCAUAUUUCUACACCCUUAUAUUAUUUCUAUUUUUAUACUCCAGUUCUAACAAUCUAAAAGUUUACUAGUCUGAAAAUAUGGCCGCUAGUCAACGCGAUAUCAUCAACACCAAUUUUCAAAAAUUGGAAAAGUUUGAAGGUGUGGAGUUCCGAAGGUGGCAGAAAAAGAUGCAUUUUCUGCUCACUACUUUGAAGGUCGUCUAUGUGUUAAGCACCCUGAGGCCGCCCGAGGAUGAUGAAAACGAGACUUUGGAAACAAGCCGCCGCCACAUAAAGUGGGACAACGACGACUACAUUUGUCGUGGGCACAUUUUGAAUGGAUGAUGAAUCUUGGUGGAUUGACACCGGAGCCACAAGACAUGUAUGUAAAGAUAGGCAGACUUUUAAGACUCUAAAAGAGUUGGAAGAAGGGCCGAUCUUAUACAUGGGAAAUGAUUCUACUGUGCAAAUUCAAGGAAUUGGCCAAGUAGAGUUGGAAUUAACUUCCGGAAAGAAAUUAAUUCUUAAUGAUGUGUACUUUGUACCACAAAUCCGGAAAAAUCUUGUCUCCGGUGGAAUCCUAAAUAACUUUGGGUUUAAACUUAGCUUUGAAGCAAAUAAGUUUAUUUUAUCUAAGGGUGGUGUAUUUGUAGGCCAAGGUUUCUAUUGUAAUGGCAUGUUCAAACUAAGUGUUGUAAAUAAAGUUGUUAAUUCCGUUUAUUUGGUUUGUGAUUCUUCUUUGUGGCACAAUAGGUUAUGUCAUGUUAAUUAUCGUAGAUUAAGUGACAUGUCAAAAGUAGGAUUAAUUCCUCCUUUUAAUAUUAACAUAGAAAAGUGUAGAACUUGCAUGUUAAAUAAAAUCACAAGAAAUUCUUUUCAAAGUGUUGAAAGAAAAUCCAACAUGCUUGAAUUAGUGCAUAGUGAUUUGUGUGAUUUCCA